AUGGAGGCCAUGAGGCAGCCGGACGCAGUGGGCGACAUCAGCCCGGCUCUAGAGGCCACCGAGGACUUCGCCGCCCCAGGUGUGCCGCCACCUUCCGAGAAGUUGGAGGAGGCCUCGAGCGCCGCGCUGGUCAAGCUGAGCUCCGGCGGCGUGCGGGGGCUACUAACUGGCCGACGGCCCGAGGUGGGCCCGCUCGGGCUGGCUUGGGCCGACAGCCUGAGUGCGGCGGGCCUCAGGCACGGCAACAGGAGCCGGGCGCGAUCUACCAACGACCUGCUGUCGCAAGGCAAGGAUUGUGCCGCGAACGCCACUUCCAACGCCGCCUUCAAGAAGGGACACAACAGGUCUAGGUCUGAUGUCAACUACCGGACGGCUGCCUACACUGACAAUGGGCUCCCUGCCCUGGACACAUUGAAAAACACCAUACUUAACCACCAUGUGCAAGAUGAAAAGGGGAGCAGCAGUAGCAGCAUGGUGUUGAAGCAGGCCGAGAUGGAGUUCCGCGAAGGCCCACGGGGACGCUGGAGCGAGUGCCACGUGGAGCUGACGCCCUGUGAGCUUCGCCUCUACACCUUGGACAGCAGCGCCAACCGCCAGUUGGGCACUGCCUACUCGCUGUCGCACUGCCAAGGCGUGGUGGCGCCCGCGCCCGGCCAGCCCGCAGACCAGCGCACCUUGCAGGCCGUCUUCUUCAACAGCACGCGGGUACAGCUGAGGGCCGCCACCCAGUGGGAGGCCGGCGAGUGGCGACGCCUCGUGUGGGAGAAGGUGCAAGCGACAAGGCCCGCCAGACAGAAGGUGGAGAAGAUGGUCACCUUUCCAGACGCCGCCCCGCUGAGCCGUCCGACCACCCUGCCGCUGUUCAAUCAGCGUUGCCAGGACGUCCUCAAAUCAGGGCUUUUGCACCAACUUCUGGACCAGAACAACUGGUGUGCCUUCACAUUUGUGUUGAGUAGAACCACCCUGCAAGCGUUUCCCACUGAGGGGCGCGCCCCCGUGUCUCGCCCCGUCCGCCAGUACCUGCUGGCCUCCUGCCUGGGCGUCCAGCCGGACCCCGAGGUCCCCGAUCAUGGGGAGCGCUUCCAAGCGGUGUUCGCCGCCGACACUCUACGACUCCGAGCCGAAACCUCCGCCAAGGCCCUGGAGUGGACAGAAGCCCUGAGGGGGGCGGCAGGUGCACGGCGGCCUGCCCAGGAGGAGUGCAGUGCCCCGGUUCUGCAAGGGGUGCCAUUGAGGUCCAGGGAGAGGAAGCAUAGGGAACAGAGAGCUAAGAGGCAGUCGGUUACCACCAGCUUCCUCAGUCUUCUCACCUGUGUCGCGGUGGAGAAAGGACUCACCGCUCAGGGAUUUACUUGUGCAGGCUGUCAGCGUCCAGUGGGCGCCUCCCGAGGCAAAGCCAAAGUGUGCUACUACAGCGGCUGGUAUUACUGCCAAAACUGCCACCAGGACAACACCUUCCUCAUUCCUGCCCGCCUGUUGCACAAUUGGGACACCAGUAAGCACAAGGUGUCCAAGCAGGCGAAGGAGUUCCUGGAGUUUGUGUAUGAGGAGCCCCUGCUGGACGUACAGCAGCUCAACGGGGGUCUGUACGAGCACUGCGAGCCUCUCAGUGCCGUGUUGCGCUUGCGUCAGCAGCUGCAGUCGCUACGCGCCUACCUGUUUAGCUGCCGCGCCACUAUCGCCGAGGACCUGCGGCGAAGAAUUUUCCCUCGAGAGUAUUUGCUGCAGCACAUUCACCUCUACUCCAUAGCUGACCUGCAGCAGGUGAUUGACGGCCAACUAGCGCCCUUCUUGUCCAAAGUUAUCAAGUUUGCCAGCGCGCACGUUCUGGCAUGCUCGUUGUGUCGCCAGAAAGGAUUCAUCUGCGAACUGUGUCACAGUGGACACGUCAUCUACCCCUUCCAGGACGGCGCCACCACCAGGUGCUCAGGCUGCGGCGCCGUUUUCCACUCCGAGUGUCGCCAGAAGUGUCAGCCGUGUCCUCGCUGCGUCCGACGUGAGCUCCACCACGUCCAACGGCCGUCGUCCUUCUGGUCCCCCGACGACGACCCUCACUUGCCCUUCCAGGACACCUGA